CGCGGGCGGCCGCCCAGGCGAGGUGCGGCCUCCGCACAGGCGGGGGGCGUCGGCUCGCGGGGCCCGCCAUGGCCGCGUCGGAGCUCUACACAAAGUUUGCCAGGGUUUGGAUACCUGAUCCUGAGGAAGUUUGGAAGUCAGCAGAACUGCUUAAAGAUUAUAAACCAGGAGAUAAAGUCCUCCUGCUUCACCUUGAGGAAGGAAAAGAUUUGGAAUACCGUCUAGAUCCAAAGACCAAGGAACUGCCUCACUUACGAAACCCUGACAUACUUGUCGGUGAAAAUGACCUCACAGCCCUUAGCUAUCUUCAUGAGCCUGCUGUGCUCCAUAAUCUCAGAGUCCGCUUUAUUGAUUCCAAACUUAUUUAUACAUAUUGUGGUAUAGUCCUAGUAGCUAUAAAUCCCUAUGAACAGCUACCUAUUUAUGGAGAAGAUAUUAUUAAUGCGUAUAGUGGUCAGAACAUGGGCGAUAUGGAUCCACAUAUCUUUGCAGUAGCGGAAGAAGCUUACAAGCAAAUGGCCAGAGAUGAACGGAAUCAGUCCAUCAUUGUAAGUGGAGAGUCUGGUGCAGGAAAAACAGUGUCAGCUAAGUAUGCCAUGCGAUACUUUGCAACUGUAAGUGGUUCUGCCAGUGAGGCCAAUGUUGAGGAAAAGGUUUUGGCCUCCAACCCCAUCAUGGAGUCAAUUGGAAAUGCUAAAACAACCAGGAAUGAUAAUAGCAGCCGUUUUGGGAAGUAUAUUGAGAUUGGUUUUGACAAGAGAUAUCGAAUCAUUGGUGCCAAUAUGAGAACUUACCUUUUAGAGAAAUCCAGAGUGGUGUUCCAGGCAGAAGAGGAGAGAAACUACCAUAUCUUCUAUCAACUUUGUGCCUCAGCAAAGUUACCUGAAUUUAAAAUGCUGCGAUUAGAAAAUGCAGAUAAUUUUCAUUAUACGAUGCAAGGAGGCAGUCCUGUGAUUGAAGGAGUGGAUGAUGCAAAGGAGAUGGCACACACCAGGCAGGCCUGCACUUUGCUAGGAAUUAGUGAAUCUUAUCAAAUGGGAAUUUUCCGAAUACUUGCCGGCAUUCUUCACUUAGGCAAUGUUGGAUUUACAUCUCGAGAUUCAGACAGCUGCACAAUACCUCCCAAGCAUGAACCUCUCACCAUUUUCUGUGACCUCAUGGGCGUGGACUAUGAGGAGAUGUGUCACUGGCUCUGCCACCGGAAGCUGGCUACUGCCACAGAGACAUACAUCAAACCCAUCCCCAAGCUGCAGGCCACGAAUGCGCGUGAUGCUUUGGCCAAGCACAUAUAUGCCAAACUCUUUAACUGGAUUGUAGAUCAUGUCAAUCAGGCCCUCCAUUCUGCUGUCAAACAGCACUCUUUUAUUGGUGUACUGGACAUUUAUGGAUUUGAAACAUUUGAGAUAAAUAGUUUUGAACAGUUUUGCAUAAAUUAUGCAAAUGAAAAACUACAGCAACAAUUCAAUAUGCAUGUCUUCAAAUUAGAACAAGAAGAAUAUAUGAAGGAACAAAUUCCAUGGACACUCAUAGAUUUUUAUGAUAAUCAGCCUUGUAUUAAUCUUAUAGAAUCUAAACUGGGCAUUCUAGAUUUGCUGGAUGAGGAAUGCAAGAUGCCUAAGGGUACAGAUGACACUUGGGCCCAAAAAUUGUACAACACACAUUUGAACAAGUGUGCUCUCUUUGAAAAGCCUCGUCUAUCAAACAAAGCUUUCAUCAUCCAACAUUUUGCUGACAAAGUGGAAUACCAAUGUGAAGGCUUUCUCGAAAAGAAUAAAGACACCGUUUUUGAAGAACAAAUUAAAGUUCUUAAAUCAAGCAAGUUUAAGAUGCUACCGGAACUAUUUCAAGAUGAUGAGAAGGCCAUCAGUCCAACCUCAGCCACCUCUUCAGGGCGCAUACCCCUCAGCCGCACUCCUGCCAAGCCUACCAAAGGCAGACCAGGCCAGAUGGCCAAAGAGCACAAGAAAACAGUGGGGCACCAGUUCCGAAACUCCCUUCACCUGCUUAUGGAGACGCUGAACGCCACUACCCCUCACUACGUGCGCUGCAUUAAGCCUAAUGACUUCAAGUUCCCAUUCACGUUUGAUGAGAAGAGGGCAGUGCAGCAACUGAGAGCAUGUGGUGUCCUGGAAACUAUCCGAAUCAGUGCAGCGGGCUUCCCCUCACGGUGGACUUACCAAGAAUUUUUCAGCCGCUACCGUGUCCUAAUGAAGCAAAAAGAUGUGCUGAGUGACAGAAAGCAAACAUGCAAGAAUGUGUUAGAGAAACUGAUAGUGGACCAGGACAAAUACCAGUUUGGUAAGACAAAGAUCUUUUUCCGUGCUGGUCAAGUGGCCUAUCUAGAAAAAUUGAGAGCGGACAAACUGAGGGCUGCCUGCAUCCGGAUCCAAAAGACCAUCCGAGGGUGGCUGCUGAGGAAGAAGUACCUACGCAUGCGGAGGGCGGCCAUCACUGUGCAGAGAUAUGUGCGGGGCUACCAGGCCCGAUGCUAUGCUAAGUUUCUGCGCAGAACCAAGGCAGCAACCAUCAUUCAGAAGUACUGGCGCAUGUAUGUGGUCCGCAGGAGGUACAAGAUCAGACGAGCUGCCACUAUUGUUCUUCAGUCUUAUUUACGAGGCUAUUUGGCCAGAAAUAGGUAUCGCAAGAUACUCCGUGAGCACAAAGCAGUCAUCAUUCAGAAGUGGGUCCGGGGCUGGCUGGCUCGCACACACUACAAGAGGAGCAUGCAUGCCAUCAUCUACCUUCAGUGCUGCUUCCGGCGGAUGAUGGCCAAGCGUGAGCUAAAGAAGCUCAAAAUUGAGGCUCGCUCUGUGGAGCGCUAUAAGAAGCUCCACAUUGGUAUGGAGAACAAAAUCAUGCAGCUACAGCGCAAAGUUGAUGAGCAGAACAAAGAUUACAAAUGCCUCAUGGAGAAACUGACCAAUCUGGAAGGAAUAUACAACUCUGAGACUGAGAAACUACGAAGUGACUUAGAACGUCUUCAACUAAGUGAAGAAGAAGCUAAGAUCGCCACUGGGCGGGUCCUUAGUCUGCAGGAAGAAAUUGCUAAGCUCCGGAAAGACCUGGAACAGACUCAGUCAGAGAAAAAAUGCAUUGAGGAACGUGCAGAUAGGUACAAACAGGAAACAGAAGAGCUGGUAUCAAAUCUGAAGGAAGAAAAUAUUUUGCUGAAACAGGAAAAAGAAGCCCUCAAUCACCGUAUUGUGGAACAGGCUAAGGAGAUGACAGAAACUAUGGAGAAGAAGUUAGUAGAAGAAACAAAACAACUGGAACUUGAUCUUAAUGAUGAAAGGUUGAGAUAUCAGAACCUUCUGAAUGAAUUCAGUCGCCUAGAAGAACGAUAUGAUGAUCUCAAGGAAGAGAUGACCCUGAUGGUGAAUGUGCCUAAGCCUGGACACAAGAGAACUGACUCCACCCACAGCAGCAACGAGUCUGAAUAUACCUUCAGCUCUGAAAUUGCAGAAACAGAAGACAUUCCAUUUAGGACAGAGGAGCCAAGCGAGAAGAAGGUGCCCCUGGACAUGUCAUUGUUCCUCAAGCUCCAGAAGCGGGUCACAGAGCUUGAGCAGGAGAAGCAGGUGAUGCAGGAUGAGCUGGACCGCAAGGAAGAGCAGGUGCUCCGCAGCAAGGCAAAGGAAGAAGAAAGACCACAAAUUAGAGGUGCAGAACUGGAAUAUGAGUCACUCAAGCGUCAAGAACUAGAAUCAGAAAACAAAAAACUGAAAAAUGAGCUAAAUGAGUUACGCAAGGCCCUUAGCGAGAAAAGUGCCCCAGAGGUGACUGCUCCAGGUGCCCCUGCCUACCGUGUCCUCAUGGAGCAGCUGACCUCCGUGAGUGAGGAACUCGAUGUCCGCAAGGAGGAAGUCCUCAUCUUGAGGUCUCAGCUGGUGAGCCAGAAAGAGGCCAUCCAACCCAAGAAUACAAUGACAGAUUCUACAAUACUUUUGGAAGAUGUACAAAAAAUGAAAGAUAAAGGUGAAAUAGCACAAGCAUACAUUGGUUUGAAGGAAACAAAUAGAUCACCUGCCAUGGAUUGCCGUGAGUUGAAUGAGGAUGGAGAGCUGUGGCUGGUUUAUGAAGGGUUAAAACAAGCCAACAGGCUCCUGGAAUCCCAGCUCCAGUCACAGAAGAGGAGCCACGAGAACGAGGCCGAGGCCCUCCGUGGGGAGAUCCAGAGCCUGAAGGAGGAGAACAAUCGGCAGCAGCAACUGCUGGCCCAGAACCUGCAGCUGCCCCCGGAGGCUCGCAUCGAGGCCAGCCUGCAGCAUGAAAUCACCCGGCUGACCAACGAAAACUUGGAUCUAAUGGAACAACUUGAAAAACAAGAUAAGACUGUCCGGAAACUGAAAAAACAACUGAAAGUAUUUGCCAAAAAAAUUGGUGAACUAGAAGUGGGCCAGAUGGAGAACAUAUCCCCAGGACAGAUCAUUGAUGAACCUAUCCGUCCAGUCAACAUUCCCAGAAAAGAAAAGGAUUUCCAAGGAAUGCUGGAAUACAAGAAGGAAGAUGAGCAAAAACUUGUUAAGAACCUGAUUCUGGAACUGAAGCCACGUGGUGUAGCAGUCAAUUUGAUUCCAGGAUUACCAGCGUAUAUCCUGUUUAUGUGUGUUCGACAUGCUGACUACCUGAAUGAUGAUCAGAAAGUAAGGUCAUUGCUGACAUCAACAAUUAACAGCAUCAAAAAAGUAUUGAAGAAAAGAGGUGAUGAUUUUGAAACCGUCUCCUUCUGGCUCUCUAACACAUGCCGGUUUUUGCACUGUUUGAAGCAGUACAGCGGAGAAGAGGGCUUUAUGAAGCACAAUACCUCUCGCCAGAAUGAACACUGCCUCACCAAUUUUGACCUGGCUGAGUAUCGGCAGGUGCUGAGUGACUUGGCCAUUCAGAUCUACCAACAGCUCGUGCGGGUGUUAGAGAACAUCCUUCAGCCAAUGAUCGUCUCAGGCAUGCUGGAGCAUGAAACAAUUCAGGGCGUGUCCGGGGUGAAGCCCACAGGGCUAAGAAAGCGCACCUCCAGUAUUGCUGACGAGGGCACCUACACACUGGAUUCCAUUCUGCGGCAGCUCAAUUCCUUCCACUCAGUCAUGUGUCAGCACGGCAUGGACCCAGAACUGAUCAAGCAGGUGGUCAAGCAGAUGUUCUACAUCGUGGGGGCUAUCACGCUGAACAACCUCCUCCUGCGGAAGGACAUGUGCUCCUGGAGUAAAGGCAUGCAGAUCAGGUAUAAUGUCAGUCAACUGGAAGAAUGGCUACGUGACAAGAAUCUGAUGAACAGUGGAGCUAAAGAAACCCUGGAACCUCUCAUUCAGGCUGCUCAGCUUUUGCAAGUGAAAAAGAAGACAGAUGAUGAUGCAGAAGCUAUUUGUUGCAUGUGCAAUGCUUUAACUACUGCCCAGAUUGUCAAAGUGCUGAAUUUGUAUACUCCAGUUAAUGAGUUUGAAGAAAGAGUCUCUGUAUCAUUUAUUCGUACUAUACAGAUGCGUUUACGAGACAGGAAAGACUCUCCUCAGCUGCUCAUGGAUGCUAAACACAUCUUUCCUGUCACCUUUCCUUUUAACCCAUCCUCCCUCGCACUAGAAACCAUCCAGAUUCCAGCCAGCUUGGGCCUGGGAUUCAUUUCACGGGUCUGAAAGUGAUGUCCAGGCAAACAUUGACAAUACGUUUCUUGCCUGAAAUAAGAACAAUUUAUUUCCAGUGAGCUACUGAAAAUACAUUUUUAAAGAGAAA